AUGGGUGUGGGAGAUAUGGUGCUUGAGAAACCUGAGUCAGUAUCAAAUGGGAAUGCCGAGUUAGAGGUGAUGGAGAAAAAGAUGGAGGCUGUGACAGAGGCGAACGAUCAAGAAACAAGACUUGAACAUGAUAUGGAUGUGGAUAAAGAAGAGGUCAAAGAAGGCAAGGAAGCUGAUUCAAACAUGGAGGAUAAUAAGGUAGUAGAAGAGGGCAAAGAAGAAAGGGAAGAAACCAUUGGACAAAAGGAAGAAAACAAUAGUCAGGAAACUGAAGAUGAUUCUGGGGAGAAACCCAAGGAGGAGAUUGAGAAUAAAUCUGAAGGGGAGGUUGAUGGAAUGAAAGAGGAGACUGAGGAUAAUGCUGAAGAGAAUUCAGAGGAUAUGGAGGAGACUGAGGAUAAGGCAGAAGAGCAGACUGAGGGUAAGGAGGAGAUUGAGGAUAAGGCAGGCGAGCAUAGAGAGGGCAAGGAUGAGACUCAGGAUAAGGUAGAAGAGUGUACAGAGGAUAAGGAGGAUAAGGAGAAUAAGGCAGAAGAGCAUACGGAGGAGAAAAGUUCAAAGAAGCGCCCACGAACAAAGAGUAGUGCUGGAAAAAAUGGCAAAGGUAAGAAAAAGGAAGCUGAAGAGGAGGACCGAAAAACCCCAACAGGAAAAAAGUUUAAGGAGCCUAAAACUCCAACAGAGAAAAAGGGGGAGUCAAAAACUCCAGUGGGUUCCACAAUUGAACGUCCUGUGCGUGAAAGGAAAUCUGUAGAAAGGCUGGUUGCAAUUAUUGAGAAGGAUGAUUCUAAGGAAUUCCAAAUUGAAAAGGGUCGUGGAACUGCGUUGAAAGAUAUCCCUAAUGUGGCAUACAAGUUGUCAAGAAAGAAGACCGAGGAAACUUUCAAAUUGCUGCAUACAGUUCUCUUUGGAAGGAGAGGAAAGGCAGUUCAAAUCAAGAACAACAUAUCAAGGUUCUCGGGGUUCGUGUGGCAUGAUAAUGAGGAAAAGCAAAUGAUGAAAUUGAAAGAAAAACUUGACAAGUUUGUCAAAGAGAAACUAAUGGAAUUCUGUGAUGUUCUUGAUAUACCGAUUUCCAAGGCUAAUACAAGAAAGGAAGAUAUUAUUGCAAAGCUGAUAGACUUUUUGCUGGCUCCUCGUGCAACAACCAAUGAGUUGCUUGCUGAAAAAGAACAGUCAAGUAACGGGCAAAAAAGAAAGAGGGUUGUCAAAUCAACAUCUGGGAGCAGUACACCUUCAAAAGGAUCAGCCAAGAAUCAAAAGAGAACUGAGAGUGCAUCUAAAAAACCUGGGGAGAAAAAUAGUGUGCCUGAAUCAGAAGAUGAUUCUGGAGAAGCAGAAGAUGAGAAAGAGGAAGCACACGAAGAGGAAAAUGUUAAUGGUAAUCCCGAAAGAUCAGAUGAUGAGAUGUCUGAUCAAGCUAAAAGUCAGGAGAACCCUAGUGAAUCUGAGGACGAGCGUGGUGAAGAGAAAGAAAAGCAGAAGCCACCUUCAGCAAAGAAAGGAUCUGCUGGAAAAACCAGGACCAAGAAUGUAACAACCUCUAAAAAGGCCAGUCCUCCUAGAAAACCACCUGCAAAAUCAUCAAGUCACUCUAAGUACAAUAAUGAUACGAGUGCAAAGAAGUCUUCUGGUAAGAAGAAAGAUGAAGCAGUAAAGGAGAAAGCUCUUCCGAAGAACAAAUCAUCAAAGGAGAGUUCUGGGAAGAAGAUUGUGCGGAAAGACAAGCCCAAGGAAGACAAAUCAAAGCCGAGCAAUGAUGAACUCAAAAAUGCCAUUUGUGAAAUCCUUAAAGAUGUUGACUUCAAUACAGCUACCUUCACUGACAUUCUGAAGAUACUUGCCAAGCGAUACAGUGCAGACCUGACACCGAGAAAAUCAUCAAUAAAGCUCAUGAUUCAAGAUGAGCUUACAAGACUGGCUGACGGACAAGAUGAUGAAGAAGAUGAAGAAGGUAGUGCUGAGAAGGAUGAAAAACAGGCUUCUGGCCAGGACGUGAAGGCCUAA